UAAAUCUUGCAUCGUUUGAAACAGUAUUUUAAAAUGUUGUUUUUUUUUCUUCACUUUUAGAAACAUGUUAAAAAACAACAUGCACAUGAUACAGCAAAAAUUGUUGAAUUACCUGAUAAAUAUUUAUUUCAAACAACUCUUAAAGCAAAAUAUGAAGGUACUGAUGAUCGAGCAUUAGCACCAGCACCGUUAACUGAUGAAGAUUAUAGUUUUUUUGGUAAUGAUGUUCAACAAAAAUUAUCUUCAAUGAAAUAUACACGUGAUCGAACAUUAGCUUGUCAACAAUGUCCAUUUGCUGCUAAUUCAAUGGCUGAAUUACGACGACAUUUAAUUGUUCAUUCAGCUGAAAGUCCUUAUCAUUGUUUUAAUUGUGAUUAUAAAUCGAAAUGGAAAUGUGAUGUUAAAAAACAUAUGCGUUUAUGUAAUCAUCAUGGACCAGUUCUAGUUGGACGUAAAGCGAUGGCUAAAGUUAUGGAGAGUCUUGGUUUAGUUAUUGGAAAUAAUGAUGUGAAUAAGACAGUAUCAGCGGAUAAACAAAAUGCAGCUGCAUUUGCUGCUGCAGCUAUGCAAAUGUCAACAUUUUUUGCUCAACAACAACAACAACAACAGCAGCAACAACAACAAAAAUCUAAUGAAAUGGAAGAAGAUGAAGAAGAAAUCGUUGAAGAUGAUGAUGAUGAUGAUGAAAAUCAUAGUUUAAUUAUUGUUGAUGAAAAUCAACAACAAGAUGAAACUAAUGAUAAACAAAAACGUAUAUCAACAAAUUCUCGUACACAAAAUAAUCAUUUACGUUGUCGUCAAUGUGAUUAUGAAGCUGAAGAUUUAUCCGAUUUACUUGUUCAUCGUAAAGCACAUGCAGCAUCUAUGAAAUAUAAUACAAAUUUUGAUCAAGAAUUUCAACAACAACCAACUGUAUCAAAUAAUAGUGAUAUUGAAAAUGAUGAUGACGAACAAGAAGAAGAAAAAACACGAGAUAUUCAAUUCGAUGAACAAAUGUUUGACUAUGAAUUACAUUGGUUAGAAAAUAAUCCAUUACUUAAACAAUUAACAACAAUUCAACAAAAAAAUCGAGCAAUUAUUUAUAAAUGUUCAAAAUGUAAUUAUACAAUAAAUAAUGAUCGUCAAUAUUUUCUUAAUCAUCUCGAUCGUCACCAUCCUGAAAUGUUACAAACAAUAAUAACAACAAUGGUUUCUGGAAAAAUUAUUCUCUACGUCCUAUUUACUAUCUUUAUAAUACAAGCUGAAAUAUCCCUUGGAUCUCCUAUUCGUCAUGAUAAUUUACAAGUAUUAUUUACACAGGCAUUAAAAGUUGCUGAUUGUUCACGUGUUGUACCAGUUUCGGAAUUCAUACCAUUACGUCAUCGUCGUAGUACAACGAAAAAAGUAUUCCAAUGUUUUAUCACUCUCGAUUAAUUAUCCUUAUGUCUUCAUUAUUUAAGCAGUUUUAACAGAAAUUCUCUAUUUCUAGAUCAGUUUUUUAAACUUAUGUACUAGUAUAAAAUCCAAAUAAAACAUCCAUUGUAUUUUUAUCUUCUUGAUUUAAUUAAUACGUAAAAUAUCUUAAAGCAAAAAAUAUUUAAUUCAUUUUCUUAUCUAACUAUCAACACGACAUUUUUAUUAAAAAUUUGAAACAUAUUUCUGCUAUUUAGCUUCUUUUUAUUAUUUCAACAUGCUACAUACAAUAAUCAGAAUGUUCUAUUAUAUCAUAAUAUGCAGCGUAUAUUUUUGUUCGUUAUUUAACAUAUAAAUAAUAAAAAAUAUUCUUAAACGAGAAUAAAAAAUACUUGAAUCUGUCACAAAUGCAACUCCGACCCUGUAAUUCACUAUACCUAAAACAC